CCAGAUGAGCCAGAAUUGUAUAAUCCAGCGACAGACAUGGAGCAGUCCAAGACCUCCUCUCCGACGGAGAACGAUGCUCUGCCCUCCAGCCCUCCCAAGAGACGCAAGCUCAAGCAUCCGCGCACAGCACGGGCGUGCAUGUUCUGCAGGAGGCGGAAAGUGCGAUGUUCAGGCACUCAACCGUGCGAUUACUGCAUUGGUGAAGAAGUUCGCUGUGAGUACGACGAUGGCAUCGCAAGGCCACCUCCUGGGGCUUUUGGCCAUACCCAAGGCUCUGCUCCAAGCUUCCACCAGGUCCCAGCAACGUGGACUUCGCCUGGGGGUCUGCCGAGUGAACGUGCAAAUGCCACGACUUCAAUCCCCCAACCGUCGAACCGAGUGGGUGUCAUGUCGCGAGAGCAUACGCCGCAUAUCUCCCGGGGUCCAUCCCUAGAACCAACCUUUGCCGAAGGCCAUCACAUCAGCGCAACAGCCGGAGUGUCCUUCCUCUACCAUUCGUGGAAUCGAGGCGAUGCGGUCGAGGGAGAGGCUGCAUUGCCCUCGGCCCCUUUGGCCUGCCACGGGGACAUCCCUCCAAUUCAGGUUCGACAAGACCAGCCGCUGCCCAAGCGAGAAGAAGCAGAUGCGCUGUUGGAACGAUACUUCCGCUUCGCGACGCCAACUUACCGAUUUCUCCAUCGGCCAACGCUCGAGAAGUGGAGCUCUCAGCUCUUGACGGGGGCUCGUAUGCUGACCGCAGAAGCCGCAUGUACUCUCUUGGUGUUCUCGCAGUCGCUUCUGUACACGAGGGAAGGCGACAGGUAUGUCGAUGGCGGCGACCAAGAUCUCACCCGGAGUCAAUACUAUUUUGAAAAGGCGAAGUCUCUUCUUAAUCAAGAACCUGGUCCAGCCUCCGUUGCCAGCGUCCAAGCCAGACUGGCCAUGUGUCUGUACCUUCUCAGCACUUUCCGGAUCAACGAGUGUCGGUUUUGCUUCAGUCUUGCUUGCACACUGUUGACGUCUAUUGGCCUGCAUAGGAAGAUUUCUUCUGCUCACAAGUUAGACCUGGUGACUCUGGAGUCGCGCAAACGCACAUUUUGGUGCGCGUAUGUCCUGGAUGACUAUAUGAGUGUUAUGCUUGGCCGGCCACGAAUGCUCCGCGAUGAAGACAUCGACCAGCCGUAUCCUCGCAACAUUGACGAUCAAGACUUGCUGUCGUCCGAAUCGCCCGAGGACCUGCCCUUGCACGGCAAUCUAGAAGCGUUCAUAGCUCAUGCGGAUUUGGCCAAGUUGAUGGGCCGCAAUAGCGAUCUCCUCUAUCCAAUCCAACCGCUGUCAGAAGAUCAACUAUUCGAUCGGACCAACUGGAUGCUCGAGGCCACGCUGGAAUGGAAGGACACUCUGCCUGAUUUCCUGAAACCCCGUGAUAAAACCCUCGCCGGACAAAGAACGUUCGAGCGCCAGAACACGGUCUUGAAACUCGCGUACGCUCAUUUGCGGAUCCUUGCUACUCGGCGAUGCUUGCUCGCGGACUUCAGUCGCCUUGGUCGCCGGGCGUCUUCUGUCCUGGACGAGAGGGCCUUGAACCCGAUCCGGGAAUGUGCGAGCGCCAUCAGCACCAUCCUCAACACGACCUGUGACUUGAUUCAACGAGCAGCCCUGUACCAGUCCUUCUGGUUCACGCAGUAUAUUGCCCUCGUUGCAGUGUCUACCCUCUAUGUCUUCGUCAUUCAAAGCAGCCGCUCCAAUAUCCCGGCGGGUGUCUUUCCUGACAUGAACAUCUUCUUCGACAAGGCCAAGCUGUGUCAGGAUCGACUGGCAGCAACGGCACCCGAAGGCAGCCAGGCACGACGGCACUGCCAACUGCUCAGUCGGCUUCGACUCCGGGCCGAGAAGGACGCUGCACGGGCGAAAAGGCACGGCGAGAUGAGGACGGCGGCUUUCGAGCGCGCCCCAAUCUCGACGGUUGCACCUCGCGACGUGGCACCGACGACGCCACAUCUGGCUUCGGAAUCCGCAGAAUCGAAGGGCCUGAGUCCCCGGCCAGCGAGUCAGUCUAACGGAACGGCAGCGGUGCCGGACCAACCUGGAUAUUCUAGCAAUACCCGGCCUGGUGGCGAUGGCGGCGGUGUGGCUCUCGACGUGGAGGUGGGCACGGGUGCCGACGCCACCUUCGCGGGACAGUUCACGCCAUCGGACGACGAUUUCAUGUUCCAGAACCUCCUGGGUUGGGGAUGGGAGAGCCUCGACACGGUUGGAUUUCCCGGAGAGGCAGACCUGUUCAGUAUUCAACCAUGA